ACAAGUCCUGUAGAUUUUGUAAACUUUCAGCAACAAAUGGUCUUUAAAAAGCUCAGUUUUCACACUCCAAAAGCAAACACAAAACAUAAAAUUUUAACCAGAGAAAGAUGGCACUGGAUGCUGUGAUCUAUCAGCAAGAUUUGUUUGUUCAUACCACCAAUUGGAGCUACGAUCACUUAAGCUUGCUUGAAAGAGACCACGAUCACAAACCUCUCCACUCUUUUGACAAUUUUCUCGACAACCAAACAGAAAAUUUUCUUCACAGUCAUGAUCAUUGGAGUAAUAAUACCAGCUCCACUUCACCACCUUCAAUUUUCCCUCUCCAUUUCAACGAAAUGCUCCAAAUUAACAACGGACUAAUAACUUCUACCUCUACGAUCACUACUCCGAUUACUCCAGCCGCUAACGACGUGCUGCCUGAUCAUCAAUCAUCCGCCAUUCCAGCCGCGGCUCGAGCAAAGAGACGUCGAGCAAGAAGUAAAAAGAACAAGGAAGAGAUAGAGAAUCAAAGACAGACUCACAUUGCUGUAGAGCGUAACCGGAGAAAGCAAAUGAAUGAUUAUCUCUCUGUUCUUCGAUCUUUAAUGCCCGAAUCCUUCGUUCAAAGGGGUGACCAAGCAUCAAUUAUUGGAGGAGCAAUUAAUUUUGUGAAGGAAUUAGAGCAACAUUUACAAUUACUUGGUGGUCAUAAAGAAAUAAAACAAAAAUCAGAUGGUGAUGAUGAUAAUGUAUCAUCUAAACCACAGCCAUUCUCUGAAUUCUUCACAUUUCCACAGUACUCAACUCGGUCCGACAACUCAGUAGCGAGUGUGAAUGAGUCCAUGAGUAAUGUGACUCAAUCCGCCAUAGCCGAUGUAGAAGUGACAAUGGUGGAGAGUCAUGCAAAUCUUAAAAUAAGAUCGAAAAGACGGCCGAAGCAGCUGUUGAAGAUUGUUUCUGGUUUGCAUAUUAUGAGACUUACAAUUCUUCAUUUGAAUGUGACAACAAUUGAGCAAAUUGUACUUUAUUCUCUAAGUCUCAAGGUAGAAGAUGAUUGUAAGUUAAACUCAGUGGAUGAAAUUGCAACAGAAGUGUAUGAGAUGCUAGGUAGGAUUGAAGAGGAGUAUUCUAUGAUGUAAUAGAAUAAAAAUAAAAAUAAAAGUUCAAUUUUUAUUUUUGUAAUUGGCUUUUCUUAAUCUUAAUCUAUUUUUGAUGUGGGCAAUUUUUAA